CAUUUCUUUCAAUGUAUUUUUCAUUCAUUUUUUCUGUGUAACAUGCCAUGCAGAGCUGAGCCAGCUUUAGCACAGGGUGUCACCUUUCAGAAGUGCUGCGCUGGCCAAAGCAUGAGACAGACAGGAACAGCUGUGGUCACCCUAAAAGGCCUAGUGUUAUAUGAUCUGAUGGUCUGAUUCUUAGCUCAGUUUGUCUACCUUGUUUGGCAUGAGACCAGGAGGCUUUGGUCAUGGGAAUACAAUAUAAGGAACGCUGGAAACAGUCCAAGCUUUGAAGACCUGCGGGAGUGAAAGCAUCGACUCCAAUAACCGCCUCCGUUGUGACAGCAAAAAGCCAUUUCUACAUGACCAAGUCUCCGUGGGUCAUAAUGCAAUGUGUCUGGUCUUCCCUGAUUAUAGCAACAAAUUUUGACUUUAAAUCCUAAUGUGCAGAAGAUCAUUGUUGACAAGCAUAAUGCUGUGAGAGGAUCGGUGCUUCCGAAUGCAGCAGACAUGCUAGAAAUGAAGUGGAAUACAGAGGCAGCUGCCAAUGCAUGAAAAACAGGCCACGGACUGCUUUGGGAUUCCUAGUCUCCAAAAUGAAAGCACAAUCAGGGAGGGCAGCUGUGGAGAAAAUAUGUUCACGUCUUCAAAUGAGAGACAAUGGGAAAGUGCAAUUCAGGAAAGCCCCAAAAAAUGAUAAACUUGUUGGGCAUUACACUCAGAUGAUAUGGGCAAGUUCCGGAUUUGUUGGCUGUGCUGGUGCUUACUACCCAAAUUCCCCAUAUAAAUAUUUUUAUGUCUGCCAUUACUGUCCUGUAGGAAAUAUAAAUACCGACUUGUAUACGUCAGGUGCUCCAUGCAGUUCAUGCCCAAAAGCAUGUGAAAAAAAUCUCUGCACUCACGAUUGAGUCUGCCAAAUGAAACAUGCUUCCUAACAUCCAAUUAGAAACGUAAAGCAACAAAAGUCUUUUUAUCUUAAUACAAUUAAUAUAAUCAGAGCAGAUGCCUUAUGUAACCACCAUUACAAUUUUUUAUUAUAUAAUGUUGACAUUCUAAGAUUUUAAAGGAGACACUUUAAAUUCAUACUUGCAUUUAAAAUCCUGUAUUUUUAAUUAAUAAAAGCAUUAACACAGACUCAGUUGUUUCUCUGUAUCUAUACACAUUAAACCUGCAGUAUGUUUUGUCUGUAUAUUUCUUCACACUCACGGAAGUGGGUAGCAGAAGGCUUGAUGCUCUGUCAUGUGCACUCCACCAUUGGCUCUUUGUGUGCUUUUAAGCGCUGCCUUGAGAACUAUGAAACAGACUGGCUCCUGCUCCUUCUUUUCAAUAGAUAUUUAGCUGAUUUACAGUACUUUGCUGGCUAGAAUACAAU